CACACUUGUUCUUGUCCUUGAAAGUUGAACCACUUUCCCAUUUUCCUUUUCUUCUCCUCCUCCCAAUAUUCACCAUUUAACGCCGGUCCGGCGGCCCCCUUCAUCGGCAACUGAUAAAAAUGUCUGAAAAUCGUCCUCAUGUACUCAUCUUUCCUUAUCCAGCACAAGGCCACAUGCUUCCCCUUCUGGACUUCACUCAUCAGCUAGUCAACAAUGGAGUAGCCAUAACAAUUUUAGUUACCCCAAAAAAUCUCCCCAUCUUAAACCCCCUUCUCUCCAGGAGCCCAUCAAUAAAAACUCUCGUUUUGCCUUUCCCUUCUCACCCUUCAAUUCCCGCCGGCGUAGAGAAUGUCAAGGACCUUCCGACCAAUGGGUUCCGUUCCAUGAUGUACAAUCUCGGCAAACUUCGAGAUCCCAUCAUGGAAUGGUUCCGCAACCACCCUUCGCCGCCGUCGGCCAUAAUUUCCGAUAUGUUUUUGGGGUUUACUCACGAAAUCGCCACCCAGCUCGGUAUUCGCCGGUACGUGUUCUCCACUUCCGGCGCGUUAGCCUUAUCAAUUGUUUAUUCACUGUGGCGUGAAAUGCCCAAAAGGAAAAACCCCAACGAUGAAAACGAAAAUUUUCACUUUCCCAAUAUUCCCAAUUCCCCGAAAUUCCCUUUUUGGCAGCUCUCUCCUAUUUACCGAAGUUAUGUUGAAGGAGACGCAAGUUCAGAAUUCAUCAGAGAAUGCUAUCUUGCUGAUAUAGCGAGUCACGGAAUCGUUUUCAACACGUUUAUGGAACUGGAAAAUGUGUAUUUGGAUCAUCUGAUGAAUGAUUUGGGUCACGACAGGGUUUGGUCUGUUGGACCAGUACUGCCAGCUUCCGACGACGAUGAUGAUAAUAAUAAUAUUUCCGGCCAAUCGAACAGAGGCGGUUCAAGCUCUGUUUUAGCUAGUGAAAUACUAGCAUGGCUCGACAAAUGCGAAGAUCACUCGGUGGUGUACGUUUGCUUCGGUAGUCAAGCUGUGUUAACCAACAAGCAAAUGGAGGAGCUAGCCAUAUCGUUGGAGAAAAGUGGUGUUAAAUUCAUUUUGUCAGCCAAAAGAGCCACCAAAGGACAUGCUUCAAACGAUUACGGCGUGAUUCCGUCUUGGUUUGAGGAAAAAGUGUCUGGACGGGGCCUGGUAGUUAGAGACUGGGCCCCACAAGUGUUGAUUUUAAAUCACCGAGCUAUUGCGGCAUUCUUGACUCACUGUGGUUGGAAUUCAAUUCUGGAGAGUUUAAUAGCUGGAGUACCAAUGUUAACAUGGCCGAUGGGUGCGGACCAAUUUGCCAAUGCGAACAUUUUAGUGGAUGAGCAUAAGGUAGCAAUUAGAGCUUGUGAAGGUGCGAAAACGAUACCAAAUUCGGAAGAGUUGGGUAAGUUACUGGCGGAAGCUGUGGAAGGAAACAACGUAGAAGAGCGAAGGGCUCGUGCAGCAGAGCUACGAAGAGUUGCAAAUAAUGACAUUAAAGAAGGUGGGAAUUCGUUCAAGGAUUUGGCAGCGUUCGUUGAACAUUUAAGGGAGGAGGCUACAAAAAUCAAUGUGUAAAACAAACUUCUGAGGCAAUAAUUUGGUGAUCCACAAUCUAUCGUUGGAGUCAUCUUUUGCUACAAUAUCAGUAUGUAAGCAUGGAUUAUUUUAACCAUUAGAUAUAUGAAAUAAAUGUUAUCGAGUCUAUUCGGCUUGGAUGAUGAAUAUAAGUACUAUAUUAAGUAA